AUCGCACUGUUUCGCCGCGCGGAGUGCAGUCGCCGGCGCGCACGGCUCGAGCGAGCAUUCGUUUCGCAGGUGUGAGUGCGUAGAUUCGAGUGUUAAUCGGAUUCGAAUCCGAGUUGAGUCGCGUGCGAGUCUGCGGAAACAAACGCGCUCUUGCGACACGGCAAAGGAGAGAAAAGCGACGAAAACCGCGUUCAAAGCUGAACUGUGUUCACAGAGGAUGGAUCGAUAUUGUGUUGUGCUUUAUGCGGAAUUGAAUUCCGAGCGAGCGAGCAGGUGUCGAGAAGCAUUUGCUGCGCGCGGAUUAAAUUAAUUGUUCGGGAUGAAACUGUUGAUCGGAUGAAAAUCAACGCGCGCGAAAAACCCGUCACGAUAUUCACAUUCGCAUAAUCAUACGAGAGCACAUCUUGUCGCAAACAACGUGCACUGCAACGUACGUUUGUUGUUUUAGCACAAUCAUCAAGUUUGACUUGAAAUGGGAGCCGUGAAAUUGAAUUCGCGCCGAUGAGAUUUUUCUCAUUUCGUUGUUGAGUGCCCUGCGCGUUUCUAACGCGAGAGAUCACGGAGGCGUAGCGAGGGAAUGUUUUAAAGAUAGCGUAUAUUUUUUAUGACCCAGUAAUCUUCUCCUUUCUUUCUUUUCCCUUCGUGAAGAAUUGCGAACACCGCGCGCCGCUAGUCGUGGAGACCGGAUCUACGCUCCUGGUUCUCACAGUUAGGUGAAUGCCGGAGUAGAAAGAACCCGCUCAUAAUUAAGGAACAAAGGGACGCAGUUUCCUUCGCUCGUCUGUUCUUUCGAUUUAACAAUGUGCUUUACAACACGCGCCCCCGACGAAGCUCGGAAAUUUGCGCAAUCCGAGCUCUUACGGUGCAAAUAACAACACCGGACAUCGUUAAGUCGACGUGCACGCGCACGCGCGAAAUCUAUCAUCGCUAAUUGCGUUCCGCUAACACUGCAAAUCCAAGUGUGCCAUUCUGACUGAAUCCCUCUUUACACGUUUCUUACCAUUUCUCAGUCAUUUAACACGUUUAAACGUAUCAGACUAUGAUUUAUAUGUCUUGAACGUAUAAAUCAUGUCGAAUGACGUGACUUAAAAUCACAAGAACGUGUGAAAAGAGCUUCAGCUAGAUUACACGCUUAAAAAUAACAUACUUGGAUUUGUGCAGUGAAGCGCCGUCGCGUUAUCAAGGAAACUAGUUCCUCCUUGAGUUAUGCUUCGUGAUCUCAACGUCUGGUGUAAUUCGUUCGCCUUUCUUCAAAUGUAUUCUCGUUGUCUCACGAUAUAUAAUAGUCGCGCUGCAGUUAAAACGCGUGCGACAGUAAAAACAAUUUAGACACAAUAAAGUUGGGGGCUCACCGAACUGUUAAAAUUGAGAGUCAUCACUGUGCGUGACGAGUAAUUCAAUUAUUAUUAUCAUUAAUCAUUAAUUAUUAUUAAUAAUUAUUAUUAGUGUUAUUAUUAUUUAUUAUUUAUUAUUAUUUUUAUUGUUAUUAUUUAUUAUUAUUUAUUAGUAUUCCUAAGAUUCCUGGUCUCUUGCCGCGGUUACCUUGAUUUAUAUGAUGUCAGGAGCGAGAAAAUAAAAUACAAAUAAUACAUAAAAAUUCUUGUAAAAUACGUUGAAAAAAUAAAAUGAUACGUUUGUAAAAAUUCACGUAAUAAAUUUAUGAGAGAAGUUAAAGAGAGAAAGGUUUGCGUGUCAUAUUAAUUUUACAGUUAUUAAUUGGUCGAACAAAAAAAUAUUCGGACUAUUUGCAAAUCUGUACUUAAUCGAUUGCAAGUGUCAUUUCAUAGAUAUAUCUUAUUUCAACGUAUUUUGCGAAACAUUUUGCAUAUAUUUUCCCGCUUCUCUAACAUUAUCGACGAAAAGAGUCCCGCGGCUAAGGGAGCCAGAGGAACUUCGAUUAAAUUACAUUAUUAUCGCUUGAGUUCGUUGGUAAUGACACUCAGUUCUGACAGCUUGGUGAGUUCACGACUUCAUUGUGCCUGAACUGUUUUGCAAGUCGCUGUGCAAAUUCAAGGAAUUGCACGACGGGAUAUAUCGCGUCGUGCGAACUAUUUUCGCUAAGUACGGCACUGUUGACACAUAACAAUGGCUUCUGCUGUUAUAUAUGUAGGUACUCCGUGUUGCGCAACACGAAUCGAAACUAUAGAAACGCAGGGCGCUAAACUCGCUCUCGUCGUCGAUCGGCCUUCGAGCAUUCACGGGAUCGUCAUUGAAAUCCCGAAGCGGUGAACGUCGCCCACGAGUUUUGCGUGUCGAGAGGCUCCCGGCGAUCGAAGACUUAUUCAAAUCUCAUCCGAGUUUCUUUUUUUUACGGCUCCCCUUCAUAUUUGAGGCGAACAAAUAUAGACACGGAAGUAGCAUUAGCAUACAACGGGAUAAAAUAAGGCGAAGAGUAUUAUUAGUACACCAUCGGAUUUUUAAGGGAAGAUAGAAAGAUAAAUAGAUAGAUAGAAAGAUAGAUAGAAAGAUAAAUAUCUAGAGAUGAGAAUGAGAAUGCGUCGAAUUUAACUCAUUAAGGGCCAUGAUUAUUUCACAAGCAUUUCUCUCAUAUUAACAUCGGAACUGUUUUGUUUGAAGACAUAGAUACAAGUAGGAGAAAUCAGCUACUGAAAAUACAGAGAAGAAUACAAUUAUACAUAAACAUGUUGAUGUAUAAUUGAAUACCAUGAUGGUCACUGGUGAUUUGCGUAAUGAUGCUAAUUAAAAUACUAGUGAAGUUAAGUUACUUAUGAGAUAUGACUAAUUACAUUUGAGAUAUCGGUUGUACGGUCAAUAGACAGCCAAUGAAGCGAGAUAAGGGGCACGCGCGUCUCGAAUUACAUUGAUUUACCGUGUCUUUGGUGAUUGAAUCACCGGCUAACACAUUAACUGCCGUGAGAGUCACCAAUAACCGUCACUAUAUCGCAAUGUCUCAGUAAUUUAUGUCUGUGUAAAAUGUAAUCAACUACGUAUAACAAAUUGGGUAUAUAACCAUUCAAAUGAAAUAAAUUGAAAUAAUCAUAAUAAAUAAAUUGAAAUCAAAUAAAAUAAAUUGAUAAACAUACGCAUUGCGAAUUUAUUUAUUGUCUUUAGUAUAAUUUAGAUUUUAUAAAAAAAAACUGUCAAAAACGAUCUCUAAUAAAAUCUAAUAAAAAUUUUUAUUUUAUUUAAAAUCUAAAAUUUUUCAAAAACCGUGUAAAAAUGAUUAUAACAAAAAGACCUAAAAAUUAUAUAAAAAAAUAAUUAACUGUGUUAUAUUUCAAAAGUUCACGUUGCUUAAAGAUACAUUUUAAGAAAACUUAACAAAAGAAACAUAUAAAAACGAUAAAUGAAAUGAUGUUAUUUCAAAAAAUUUAUUUUGCACGAAAAUAAAAAUAUAAAAUUACUAAUAAUUUUUUAACAAUAUCUAACAAGUAUAGAAUAGAGUUAAUUGAAAAUUAUCCAGUCAUCAUUUUCAAUUUUUGUCCAAUUAAAAGGUAAUGAGAAAUAUUGUUAUAUAAAAAAGAAUCUUUGGUAAUUUAGAUUUUUGUUGAGCAUUGAAAUAAUGAGUGGAAAUCAGCAUGGCAGUCGUGUUAAACUUUUGUAUAAUCAAUGAAAAUUAAUUUCACGGCAAUCGAUGGAUCGAUCAAGCGAUUUUAUCUGAUAAAAAGGGAGCUUCCUGUAAAUAAGACACUGGCUAUUAAUAGGUUAAAAGUUCCAUCGCGUUCACGAAAGACUUCCACGACGGAAGGAGUCAAUUUUGGGCGUAAAUCUUGAUGCAAAUAUCCGUCGUUCGAUUAAUCAUUCCUGCAGGAGUGCCGCAUUAUACACGAAUACUAGAUUUGCAUGUCUCGAUGACGUCGGUUCUCCGUCAGGUUUUACCUCGAUAUGCGCUUGAUUCUGAUUUAAGUUGAACGGGACAUGGAGGUCCCUUCCGGGCGAUUUAGCAUCUGUUGCGAACGCGGCGACGACGAUGACGACCGGACACGCAAGACUCAUUUGCAACGAUUACUGCCGAUGAAUGCGCGAUAUUUGAAGUUAAUGUAACGAAAACGUCGUGUGCUUUCAACGGGACGUCUCCGACUUGCCGUUGCUGGAAAUCGACGAAACAAGUCGUCGCCAUAGCGACGAACUCCUUGCAAAUUGGGACAUUUGUGGCUAUCCAAACAAUACAAAUCUAAAAAAGAAACACGAUCUCUUGGAUGAACGAAGAAGAGAGACGGAUACGUCUCGGAAAAUCCGAUGUAUGAUUGCGCGGGAUACGCCUCGACGAUAACGGCGUAUUCGAAGCUAUACAUAUUCCUUGUUCACGAUUGCGCAACGAGCGUGGAAACAAUGAGAGCAUCGUCGUGAGCCGAACGGAACCGUCGAUCGUGACGCGGCGACCUUCGAGCGAUCGGACCGGCCGAUCUCGUGCCCGGGACCGAAAAUGACAAUAAGUCGGCCGGUGGUGAUGAAACGUUUCGGACGCGGCGUUCAUUCGCCGUCUCGAGGAUGACGAAGACGUGGACGGUAAGCGGCAUCCCGGGGCUCCUCGUCCUCGUACCCGUUACCGUCUGCGCGACGAUCACCUACGUCAACCAGGACUCGUCGCGAUGCAACGAUCGCAGUAAUAAGAGUUUUGCACAGUGUCAAUACGACGUCGAUUGUAUAGCGAACGCGUACUGCCGGAAUCAACAGACCUGCUGGUGCAAAGAGAAUCACGUCCCGUUCAAGAGCGACAACAUUUAUAAAUGUUUAAGAGUGGCCACCUCCAUCGGCGAUCCCUGCGAGGAGGAUAUCCAGUGUCAAUUUACAUUUACACCGCUGUCGGAAUGUCGGGAAGGUACUUGUCAAUGCGCCCACGGUUCCCACUUCGUCGAGGGAAGGUGCUACGAGUUAGUCGGUCUGGGAAAACGCUGUCGGUCGCAUCGCAAUUGCUACGUCAAGAAUACUUUCUGCGAUUACGGUUUCUGCACGUGCGGUCUGCGGUACCACCCGAAUCCCGACAACAGCAGCUGUCUAUUGAGCGCCAUGUUGGGCGAGCGUUGCAACCACGACUACGAGUGCAUCGUGGAGAAUUCCAAGUGCAUACAGAACAAAUGCGACUGCAAAGUGGAUCACGUGCUGGCCGAAGAUGAUCGGCGAUGUCGGAAAGCCGCUUCCAAGAUCGGCCAAGAGUGCGAGCAACAAUCCCAGUGUCAGCUGUUCCUCAAGUACAGUCAGUGCGGCGUAAACAACACGUGCGAUUGCGUCGUGGGUUCACAUAAACGCGGGUUCCAAUGUUUCGUCGAUGUCGAACUGGGCGGUCAUUGUGAGACUCAUCACCAUUGUAUCACGGGAAGUUACAAGGACUCCAAUUCGUCCGGAAAGUCAAAGGUGGACUGCGUGAAUGGUUUCUGCGCUUGCAGCGAGGGCUACACGUUAACGGAGGAGCUACAGGAUUGCGUUCAAUUCAGCGACAAUGGCGCAGCAAGGUGGCAAACGUACGGAAUAUUCCCAAUCAUCGUCCUUAUCGCGAGAUUACUCGUACGUUAAAGCUGAAGAAUAAUUUGUGUCCGAGAACAAAAGAAAAAAAAAAGAAACCGGCAAACUCACGCCGAUUUGUUAAUUUAGUAUAUUCGAUUAAUCGUAGUUUUAAUAAUUUAUCCGUUACAUAUAGAGAUACACAUAUGUGUCUCUAUUAUUAUUUAUUGAAAUAAUUCGCGCUUAAUUAAUGCAGAGUUGACAUUUUAAUUAGCAACUAUGUAAGGCAGCCAAAGAGAAUCGCCGCUUUUUCUCAGAAUUGAGGAAAUAGUAUGUCUAUUCAAAUCGAUGUAUGCACAUUUGUUUGCACAAUGACUUGCUAACAUCGAUUACCGCGCAAGCUUAUGAGUAGUUCACAACGAUGAUCAUAUAUAAUGUCCUUUUAAUUAAAAAAAAAAAACAUGUACAAAUCGUUGUGCAAAUAAGCAUACACUUGAUCGUGUGAUAUCGUCGUCGACACCAAUACUAGUUUAUCAUGAUCGAUACAGCUUGACGUAUAACGUAACGUUAUAACAUACGUACUCAUUACAAUCAGUCACUGACUAGGAUACACGCAAACAAAUCGUCACUCAAUCUCCGCACAUCAUUGUAUAACGAUUAUACACAAUUCCAUUGCUGUGUUCUAGAAAUAAUAUAUACAUACACAUCAUUUAAUUGUUCUAUAUAUA